AUGACCUCCUCCAACGACCCGUCCACCGCUGAGAACAACAGCAACUCCUCCGAAUCCGACAUGCCGCCCCUCCGCGUUGACCCUUCCCGCCUCAGCACCCUGAAAGCUAACAUUGCCUCCAUACACAGCCGCAUACAGGCAGCCACAUCCUCUUCCCAACACCCGCCGCGCCUCGUUGCAGUUUCCAAACUAAAACCCGCGACCGACAUCCUCGCCCUCGCUUCCAGCUCAAGCACUUCCACUGAAAACGACUCCUUGCAGCCUCCACCGCAACGCCACUUCGGCGAGAACUACGUACAAGAACUCCUCGAAAAGUCCAAGAUCCUGUGGGACGCCGAGCACGAAGGCACGAAAGUGGGAAGGCGCAUACGGUGGCAUUUCAUUGGUGGCCUACAGAGCAAUAAGGCGACGCAGCUGGCCAGGGACGCGAAGGGGUUGUGGUGCGUUGAGAGUGUGGAUUCGGAGAAGAAGGCUAGAGGGCUGAGCAAGGGUUGGGAGGGGAGGGAGUGGUUGAGGGAGGAGGGCCAAGAUGUGUCGGCGGCGAAUGGAGCGCAUGACGGAGAGGGUGACGAUGGAAGAUUGAGGAUUUUCAUUCAGGUCAACACAAGCGGGGAGGAGAACAAGUCUGGUGUCGAGCCCGACAGCGAUGAGUUGCUGACGUUGGCCAAGUGUAUACGGGACGACUGCUCACAAACGCUGAAGCUACAAGGUCUGAUGACCAUCGGCGCGAUAGCCAGAUCACAAGCCGCGAAAGAGGGAGAGGAGAACGAGGACUUCGUUAAGCUAAAGGAGGUGAGGACGUGGCUGGCGAAAGAGUUGGGGCUGGAUGGUGGCGAAGAGGAACUGGAGUUGAGCAUGGGCAUGAGUGACGACUUUGAGAGCGCGAUACGGCUGGGCAGUAGUGAGGUGAGGAUUGGAAGUACGAUCUUUGGGGAGAGGCCGCCGAGGAGUGAGGCGAAGGUUGUUUGA